GCCGCCUCCGUCUUUCUUUAGCGCUGGAGCGCUCCACCCGUGUGUGAUUGUUCGUUUGCACCCCGUACGCGAGGUAGAUUUUUUUCUCCCGCCUUUGCUCUCCUCCCUCUGUCGCGGGUUGUCCUCGCCAGGUCGCAGCUCGGUAAGGAAACCUUGGUGGCUCUCCAUCCCGUCCCUACCUACCUAGGUACCCAGGAAGUACUACCUAAGCUUCCCUGCCUUGCCUUCCUAGAGCUUGCAACCUACCUACCUUUGCCAGUAACGGGCACCGAGGAAUAAUUAUCACAAAUACCUACCACUCCUUUGCCUGACCGCACCUCCUCCCCACGUUGGCUUUGCCUCCAACCACACACACGAACUUCACCAACCACCACCUCGUUCUACAGGAGCACACCACCUUCUGCUUCCACCAAUUGCGAGUCGAACAAUUAGUGUAACGUCGGCCUAGGAUUCCUCAUAAUCUCCCGACUCCAGCUACACGCCCGGCAUCUCUUGAUCCCUCCUCCCCUCUCGCAUGUUCAGCCGCCGAAGGGGCCAUACGAACCAUCCCCUUUUCCGUCCUGACGCAAACCAUCGGCGAAUAUGACCGAGGUCUCCUCCACCAGGUUGUACCUGGGAAACCUCCCUCGCAAUGCCACCAAGGCCGACGUCGAGGCCCAUUUCGCAACCCAUGGCACUGGAGAAAUCACCGAAAUUAAGCUGAUGAACGGAUUCGGCUUUAUCGAGUACAAGGAUGCGAUGGAUGCUCGUGAUGUUGUGCCCGCUUUUCAUGGAUCCGACUUCAUGGGCGAACGCCUGACCGUACAAUUUGCCCGUGGAACUCGGCAUCGGGAGGGCGGCAGCGCCGCUGGCUUUAAUAACGAGCGCGCUCCCCCAAGGCCUCGCCGCACUCCCCAUCGUAUGCAGAUCACGGGACUUCCCACCGAUACCAGUUGGCAGGACCUGAAAGACUUUGCUCGUCAAUCAAGCCUUGACGUUGUCUACUCUGAGACCGGCCGCGACGGCAACGGGCGUGGCUUUGUUGAGUUUGAAACCGCGGCAGACUUGAGAACUGCCGUUGAGAAGCUCGAUGGCCGAGAGUUCAAGGGAAGCCGUGUCACCUGUGUCGCCGACACCCAACCCGACAUGCCGCCUCGUGACUUGCGCGGCGCACGCUCCCGUUCCCCUGGUGGCGGUCGUCGACCUUACCCGCCUCCGGUGGAUGAUUACGAGCGACGGGGUCCCCCGCGUGGCUACAGCCCACGCAGAGACGGCUACCGCGAGGGCUACCGUGAGCGAAGCCCCCGUCGUGAGUACUACGACGACCGGGCUCGCUACCGCUCGCCUCCCCGUCGUCCCAUCGACGACUACCCUCCCCCGCGAGGCCGUUACGAUGAUCCCUACCGCCGGGACUACCCUCCGCCACCUGACCCGUACGUCAACGGCAGACCGUACGACCGCCCUCCUAGAGACUUCCCUCCCCGGGACGCUGGCUACCCGCGUGAUGGGUAUCCUCGCGAGUAUGAACGUGGUGGCCGUUACUGGUAACUCACUCCUGCUCAAACAAUUGCCUCAUGGGGGUUGUCCUUGACUCUGAAUAGAUCGUGGAAGCACCUUAGCCCCAGUGUCUUGGCCCGAAAUCGAUCAGUCGCCAGCAAGCGGAACAAAGGUCAGAUUGAGUGUGUCAAGGCGCUGAGCUCGACCAGGUUUCCCGCGUGCAAAGCAACAAAUGUCGACUUAAUGGCUUCUCGGCGGGUGGGAAGAUGUUGGUAUUUAUUUUGGCACUUGAAUGGAACACAGCUCCGGACAUGGCAAACACAGGUUCCGCUGAGCAGGGGGGGAAAGCUUUCGACCGCUCGAUGUAUUAUGUACGAUUAUACGCAUGGAUAUCCAUCUAAACAAAACUGAACUCGAGUAUCUGUCUCCAAAUGGGAGUGU